AUGGAAUACUUGACACAUUUGAACAAGGACGAUCCCGAGGUGGCCACCAGGCCAAAGUACCCCGAUUUAACGUGGACGGAUCCAGUCACAUUCUGGGACUUCCACGUCUACUACGACGAGGCAACUUCAGAAGAGGCACAUGCCCUCAAGAACAAGAUCUUGGUGGACUUCCCCCAGGAGGCCGCAGAGGGCUCCAUUAUAGUAAAGCAAUUGAAGGUGGAGAAGGCCAUAGGGCCCCACUACGACUUGUUUUGGGAGGUGGACGUUGCUCGAGUGGAUGUGUUUGGCAAAGUUCUCAGCUGGUUCGUCCAGCACCACGGCUCCUUAUCUGUGCUUUGA